GUUUUUACCUGAAGAUCACAUGACCAGGCCAAUGAGUCAGCCAGGCCUACACUAGAUGAUGGCCCACCCCCACCAAGAUAUGGAAAUUCGAACUUGGAAGUCCCGCGAUAUCUUCACGCGAACGACUACCUGAACAGAGAAUCACAAAUAUGGCAGGCGUCGAGAGCACUAGCACCCUGGUGGUGCUUCCUGGGAAGCCAGAGCAGAGCGAGGCGACCAUGAAACUCCAAAAUACGGAGAAGCGCGAUUUCCUGAUUGGGUUCGAGAAGCAAUACCAGCAAGAAUGGGCCGAAUCCGGCAUCUUCACCCCUGAUGCCCCGUCUGCAGACGAUGGAGCCGACUCGCCCAAGUUCUACGGAACUAUGGCCUACCCAUAUAUGAACGGCACUCUCCACGCCGGACAUGCGUUUACAGCUUCGAAGAUCGAGUUCGGAACGGGGUUUGCGAGAAUGCAGGGCAGGCGCGCGUUGUUCCCCCAGGGUUUCCAUUGCAGUGGAAUGCCCAUCAAAGCCGCCGCCGACAAGUUGGUCCGAGAAAUUGAACUGUUCGGCGAGAAUUUCGAGCGCUACUCGGAAGAGGACGAAGACCUUGAAGCUGAUAGCACUAAUGCGGCCCCCGGGAAUCCGGAGGCAAAGACCGAUCUCAGCAAGUUUGCGGGCUCCAAGAGCAAGGUUGCAGCCAAGUCUGGUCAAGUGAAAUAUCAGUUUCAAAUCCUGUUAUCUCUGGGUCUGCCCAUCACGGAGAUCAAGAAGUUCGCCGAUCCCACAUACUGGAUCACUUACUUCCCUGCCGUGUGCAAAUCCGACCUCACUUCCUUUGGCUGCCGGAUUGACUGGCGCAGAUCCAUGGUCACAACUGAUAUGAACCCGUUCUACGACUCAUUCGUUCGCUGGCAAAUGACUCGCCUGAAGGAGCUUGGAAAGAUCAAGUUCGGCAAGCGCUACACGGUGUACAGUCCCAAGGACGGCCAAGCUUGCUUGGACCAUGACCGCAGCGCCGGUGAAGGUGUGACAGUCCAGGGAUAUGUCUGCAUCAAGCUGCAGACGCUCGAGUGGUCCGCGCGUGCCAAGGAGAUCAUUGGCGACAAGCUUCCUCCCAGUGCUCGUGUCUAUUUUGUCCCCGCGACUUUGCGCCCGGAGACCAUGUAUGGUCAGACCUGCUGCUUCGUGGGACCCGAGGUCGAAUAUGGCAUCUUUGAAGCAUCAGCAGCCAAGAACGAAUACUACGUUGCGACAAAACAUGCUGCUCGUAACAUGUCUUACCAGAACGUCGGACCGGAAUGGGGUGUGCUGCCAAAGGUCGUCGAUAUCUUGGGUUCUGAUCUCAUCGGUACCCUCGUUCAAGCACCUCUCUCGGUUCAUCGUGACGGUGUCAGGGUUCUCCCAAUGGAUAGCCUGAAACCUACCAAGGGAACUGGGGUUGUCACCUGUGUCCCCUCUGAUAGCCCCGACGACUAUGCGACCACGCUGGAUCUGGCCAAGAAGCCCGACUUUUAUGGCAUCCAGAAGGAGUGGGCAGAGAAGGAAAUACUCCCGAUCAUAAGGACUCCAAAAGGCGACCUGAUCGCCAAGACUCUCUAUGAAGAGUUGCGGAUCAAUUCUCCAAAUGAUACGAAACAACUCGCCGACGCCAAGGAGAUUGCAUACAAGAAUGGCUUCUACCAGGGCACUAUGAUCUACGGUCCUUACUCGGGGAAGUCGGUCCAAGAAGCGAGAUCUCUCGUCGAGAAAGACCUUCUCGAACAGGAUCUUGCCUUCAAAUAUGCCGAGCCGGAUGGUCUGGUCAUCAGCCGAUCUGGGGAUACCUGCGUUGCGGCGUAUCUCGAUCAGUGGUACUUCAACUACGGCACCUCGGCAAAUGGCGGCGACGGCGAGUGGUGUGGUCAGGUCUUGGACUACCUCAAGAACGAGAUGAACUGCUAUUAUCCCGAGGCCGAGCAUGCAUUUGAGCAGGCCAUCAACUGGCUCUCGCAGUGGGCAUGUAGCCGCUCCUUCGGACUGGGCACAAGACUGCCCUGGGAUUCGUCGCAGCUUGUCGAGAGCUUGUCAGAUAGUACGGUUUACAUGGCCUACUAUACUGUAUGCCAUUUGCUUCAUGGCGACAUUUUUGGGAAAACACCAGGCUUGUCAACGAAGCCCAUCUCGCCCGAGCAAAUGACGGACAAUGUUUGGGAUUACAUCUUCUUCCGUACGGAGACGGUGGAGACCGACAUUGCCACGGAAGACCUCACCGCCAUGAGGAGGGAGUUUUCGUACUGGUAUCCUAUGGAUAUUCGUGUGUCGGGCAAGGACCUUAUCAACAACCAUCUCACCUUUGCACUGUACCACCAUCUGGCUCUGUUUCCGAAGCGGUUCUGGCCUCGGGGAUUCCGAGUCAAUGGUCAUUUGAUGCUCAACAGCAAGAAGAUGAGUAAGAGUGUUGGGAAUUUCCUGACACUCCGCCAAGCGAUUGAGAAGUUUGGCGCCGACGCAACUCGGUUGGCCUUGGCUGAAGCAGGCGAUGGCAUUGAGGACGCCAACUUUGAAGAGUCCGUCGCCAACGCCUCCAUUCUUCGCCUCUUCGAACUGAGAAAGUGGUCCAAGGAGGUGCUGGACGAUACCUCUUCCCUUCGUAAAGGCGAUCACACCUUCUUCGACAAGAUCUUCGACAAUGACCUGAACGCCCUCGUCCUCGAGACCCGGCAGCAUUAUGAAGGGACCAUGUACAAGCUUGCAAUGAAAACUGGCUUCUACGACCUGCAGUCAGCGAGGGACUGGUAUCGAGAACAGUGCCGAGCUGCUGGCGUUGGUAUGCAUCACGACCUUGCUCGUCGCUUCGUCUAUCUGCAAGCCCUGCUGGUCGCACCGAUCGCACCCCACUGGGCCGAGGGCGUCUGGCGGCAUCUUCUACACGAAGACUCUAGCAUCCAGAACGCUCGCUACCCGGAGGUUCCCGUACCAGACGCCGGGCUGCAGGCUGUGCGUGACUAUAUCAAGGCAACGACCAGCGCAAUAAUCCAGUCAGAGGCCCGCCAGUUGAAGAAGAGACAGAAGGGCAAGCAAUCCUCCUUCGACCCCAAGAAGAGCAAAAAGCUCAGCGUCUUCAUCGCCACCACAUUCCCCGCAUGGCAACAGCGAUAUCGAGACGCUCUCCACAAGCAGCUUGACUCGACCGGCAAUCUGGACUUGAAGGCUGCGGCAGCAGGUAUCGACAAGGCCGAGAUGAAGAGAGCCAUGCCGUUCAUGCAGGGAUUGAAGAGCCGCCUCGACAGCGGUGAGAGCCCGGAGCGUGUGUUUGAGCGGGAGCUGCCCUUCGAUGAGGCUCAGGUCCUCCGGGAGAUGGUCCUCGGGCUGAAGGCCGUCAUCAAGAAGCUGGACGCCGUUGAGAUCAUCCGCAUCAACGAGAACGGAGCGGGCGAGGUCAUCUUUGCGAGCGAACAGGAAGGCAGCUCUGCUCGGCGCGAGGGAGAGCAGGUAUCGUCUGAGGGUAUAUCUGCGGAUAUCACGCCGGGGAAGCCCACCGUCAUCUUUGUCAAUAUCGAGGAGUAAAUCGGUAUAGGGCCAAAAAAAGUUCCUGGCAAUAGAUAGGCAUGGUUGAAGGUCGUUUAGACGAGGAUGGGGGCAAACGGCGCUACCACAUGCGUAUACCUAUCUACCUAGCUAGCUAUGUAGUGGCUGUCGCUUUAGAAAUAGAGCAAAGAUGCUCGUGAUCAUGUGCAUGAACGCUGUGCCCGCUUAUGAAAUGAACCACACAGAGAAAGCAAAUAUGAAGAC